GGGCAGCGCGCCCGCCUCGCCCCGCCUGCCCUGCGCUGCCGGCCCGGCACGCCGCGGCGCCGCGCUCGGAAGAUGCUGCCUCUCUCCAUCAAGGACGAUGAGUACAAGCCGCCCAAGCUCAACCUGCUCAGGAAGGUGUCGGGCUGGUUCAGGUCCAUCCUGGCUGACAAGACCUCCCGCAACCUCUUCUUCUUCCUCUGCCUCAAUCUCUCCUUCGCCUUCGUGGAGCUGCUCUACGGCAUCUGGAGUAACAGUUUAGGUCUAAUAUCAGAUUCUUUUCAUAUGUUUUUUGACUGUACCGCUCUACUGGCUGGGUUAGCAGCUUCAGUCAUUUCAAAAUGGAGGUCAAAUGAUGCUUUUUCUUAUGGGUAUGUUCGAGCAGAGGUACUCGCUGGUUUUGUGAACGGUUUGUUCCUCAUCUUUACAGCAUUCUUCAUUUUCUCCGAAGGUGUUGAGAGAGCACUUGAGCCUCCUGACGUGCAUCAUGAGAGGCUUCUUCCUGUUUCUAUACUAGGAUUCAUUGUAAACCUCAUAGGAAUAUUUGUGUUUCAGCACGGAGGCCACGGGCAUUCGCACGGCUCUGGGCAUGGACACAGCCAUUCUCCAUUUAAUGGUGGGCUCAGCCACAGUCACGGAGGUCAUGGCCACAGCCAUGAGCAUAAGCAUGGUCAUGGACACACUCACGACCACGGCCAUGGCCACGGACACUCUCACGGCCAGAAUUAUUGUCAUGAUGAUCAUUCUCUGGAAGGGAUGACUGGAUCCAGCAAACAGAUUUUACAAGGUGUAUUUCUACACAUUGUUGCAGACACGCUGGGAAGUAUUGGUGUCAUCAUAUCUGCUAUAUUGAUGCAGAACUAUGGUCUAAUGAUAGCAGAUCCUAUUUGUUCAAUGCUGAUAGCACUGCUGAUAGGUGUAAGCAUUGUUCCACUUUUAAAAGAAUCCAUUGGAAUUCUGAUGCAGCGAACUCCUCCUUCCCUGGAAAAUGCCCUGCCCCAGUGCUAUCAGAGGGUGCAGCAGUUGCAAGGAGUUUACAGUUUACACGAUCCACAUUUCUGGACCCUCUGUACUGAUGUUUACAUAGGGACUUUGAAAUUAUUAGUAGCUCCUGAUGCUGAUGGAAGGUGGAUUCUAAGCCAGACUCACAAUAUCUUUACUCAGGCGGGAGUAAGACAGCUUUACAUACAGAUUGAUGUCGCAGCAAUGUAGUGACUUACUGACAUUGUGCUGUUGGACCAAAGUUUUCUGUACUGUAAUGGUAUAGCAACAUUCUUCUUAAGACAGAGCCUGCCUCCACCACUGUUCUGGAAUUGACUGAAUAUACUUCUGCCCUUGGGCUACGGAUGGAGUUCACUUCUAAGGAGUAAAUACUGAAUGAAUGUUACGACUUUGGGUCUUGUCUUUUGGUGGCCCCUAAACUUGUGAGUUUUGGAGGGUUUUUUUACUUACUAAGGUUGUGGUACUGGAAACCCUGUCAUGUCUUCAGUAAAGCUGCUGAAACCACUGCUCGCUCCCAUAAAACCAGUGUUAUCGACAAUUGGAACCUUGUUUUGUAGUUAAUGUCACGGUGGCUGACAUGCUUCGAGAUAACUGUAUGUUUGUACAAUUGUUUGUACUUUGCAAACUUAACGAACCAAACCAUA